CUCGCGCGUAUUACAUCCAGUCCUGUCAACUCCAUUCGGACAAUUAUUCGUUCAAAAAUUUCGAGAAUGGAUUACCUAUCAAUCUCUCUCUCACUGAUAGCCGCAUUGGUGGCCAUCUAUUACUUAGCCACGAGGAACAGCGAUUUCUUCAAGAGGCAUGGGAUACCACACGUGCCGCCCACCCCGUUCAUAGGAAACAUGGGCUCGUUGGUCAGACGAAAAUCCAAUUUGCACGAUCUGAUAAGUCGGAUAUACAACCUGGACCCCGACGCCAAAUACGUGGGCAUUUACGAGUUCACCACGCCUAUAAUAAUACUCCGCGACCUGGAGUUGAUGAAGACGAUCACGAUGAAGCAUCUCGAGCAUUUCCCCGAUCAUCGUUCCUUCGUCUACGAGGGCGCCGAUCCCGUGUUCGGGAGGAUGUUGUUCACGAUGAAGGGGGAACGCUGGAAGGAGCACAGGAACAUGCUCACCCCGAUCCUCACCUCGAGCAAGAUCAAAGGUAUGUUCAAGCUGAUGACCGAGUGCGCGGUUAGAUUCGCCGACUUUUUGUCGGUCCUGCCCGAAAACGAGCGCGAGACGGAGAUGAAGGCGCUGCUAUCGAGAUACGCCAACGACGUGAUAGCAAGCUGCGUGUACGGCGUCUCCGUCGACUCGAUAAACGACCCUAAAAACGUGUUCUACGUGUACGGGAGGAGAGGUACCAACGUGCUCGGCUUGAAGAAGAGCAUGUUCGUGUUGAUCCACAGGAACAUGCCCUGGCUGGCCAAGCUGCUCGGAUUGAGGUUCCUCGAGAAACACGUGCAAAAGUUCUUCUACGACCUCGUCUACGAGACGAUCGAGAACAGGGAGAGGAUGGGCGCCAGCAGAUCGGACGUGUUGCAACUGCUGAUGGAUAUAAGGGACAGGGUAAACAACUCCGGCAAAACGACGACGAUGACCGUCGAGAACGUAGCCCUUCACGCGUUCACCUUCUACUUCGGCGGCUUCGACUCCAUCACCUCGGCCACCACCCUUUUGACCCAAAUGCUCGCCGAGCACCCGGACGUCCAGGCGAGGCUGCAGCAGGAGAUCGACGAAACGUUGAGGAGCAACAACGGGGAGUUGACCUACGACGCGGUCCACGGGAUGAGGUACAUGGAAGCCGUGAUCAACGAGGCUAUGCGCCUCUAUCCCAUCCUCCCGUUCCUGGACAGGAUGUGCGUGCAAAGUUUCCAAUUGCCCCCUCCUCUACCAGGUGGCCAACCUUUCACCCUCCGCCCGGGGAUGAACGUUUGGAUCCCGUUGGCGGCGAUCGGCCGAGACCCGGAAUACUUCGACCAUCCGGACAAAUUUGACCCGGACAGGUUUUUCGAUCCCGCGAGGGGGGUCAAGAAUUCGGGGGCGCACUUCCCGUUCGGCCUCGGCCAGAGGAAGUGCAUCGGCGAACGGUUCGCCAUGAUGGAGAUGAAGGUGUUGCUCUGCUACGUUCUUGCAGCGUGUAACGUGAGGAUCGGCUCCAAGACGAUGGUCCCCAUGGAAUUGGAGAAGGGUGUGAUCAACGCGAGCGUCAAAGGUGGUUUCUGGUUGAAGAUCGAGCCUAGGAAGGUUACCUAUUACAAUUCUUCUCGUGUCGAUUGAUUAGUAUUAUCAUGUAUCAUAUGUAUUUUGUUUAUAAUUUGAGUUCGAAUAAAAGAGUGUAUAUCGUUUGAA